CGAAUCCCAUUAAGACGCCAAAAUUAACAGCCCAUUACCACCCAGUCCAUAUAACAGUAACCCGGCCCAUUUAUUCUCGAAGACUUUCAAACUCCAAGAGUCGCUCGAAGGCUCUUUCAAACUUGAAGAAGAGGGUUUCUGAAUUAGAGAAGGAUAUGUCUGUAAUGAAGCGGCGAAAUCUCUCGAAGAGGUUUUGGUCAGAUUAAAGUAUCAUUGCAGGUUUUUGAAUUGGAAUCCGAGAGCCAGGAGUUGUCUCAUAAGGAUGGCUGGGGUGUUUCUAAUUUUCCGUCAUCAGAGGGGGAUAUGCCCGAGUUUGAUGAAAUCCGAUCUGCCCCGACCCGGGCUGCUGGUGAUGUGGAGGUAUGUGAUGAGAAGGAGAAGAGUGAAUCCCGCAGGGCGAUGCUGGCAUCUGAGGUUUCUGAUGAUGAAACCCGAUCCUCCCCGACCCAGGCUGCUUGUGAUAUGGAGAUAGGUGAUGAGGAGAAGGAGAAGAGUGAAUCCCCAUCUGACCUGGAGAGCUUGAGAAGUUGUGGCUCUGAGUUCGAGUAUACUCUAACUGAGGAGGAGGAGGAAGAGACUCCUGUUAGGGAGAAUGAAUUUGAAGGCUUUUCACGUGCAAAAAAGGUACAUCACUGUUUGAAGCCUAUAUACGCAGGUGUGAAGAGAUUUGCUGAUCACAGUACCAAAGGUCGUGCCUUAUUCCACGCUCUGAUUUCUGCAGCCUCCAUAGCUGGCCUACUGUUCGAUAAGAGAUGGGCUCCAUCCCUUCAUCGCACCCUCAGAGACCAGAAACACCCAAUUGGAUCGCGCUUCUUCGACAAUAAAGAGGGUCUGCGACACCGGAGGGACAAUAGGAAAUUCAGGCAUCAUAGGGAUUCAAAAUACAGAACAAGGUACGAAACUGAUGGGAAAUUUCAUCCCUAUGCUGGUCCAUUCUUCAAGUCACACGGAUUACUCUCCAUAUAUCUUGAAAGCAAAAGGGAGGCAAUGACCAUUGGUUUAGUACGCGACAAGCUUUUAAAAGGUUUUCUAAAGAAUGGAAAGGGUAGGGCUUUAAGGAUGAUAAGGAACCUCGCAAAGAGCAUCGAGGUAGCCGAUUCUGUCAAGAUCAAGGUGGUGAGUUGGCCUCACGAUGUCGAUUGCCAGAUGAUUGGAGCACAAGUAGGUGCUGAAUUGGAAAACGACUAUCUACAGAUACGAGAAGAUACUAAGAAAGGGAUUCAUGUAGAAAAUCUCACUGAGGUAGAUGCUACAAGUGCCCGAGAUGUGAUUCAACAACUUGUUCAGGUAAGCAAUGAACAAGAGGCAGCGCAUCUCUUUGGUGUAUUGGAUGGAUUACGUAGCCGUUACCAUUGGAUAGGUCGGUUUGUUCCACCGUGUGGUGUUGCUUGUGUUUUGCCUUACCUUAGUAACGGUGGAGAGGCUCCAGCUGAGUAUAAGAAGCAUUGGUUUUUCCGCAGACUAGAGUUGCCGGGUAUAACCUUGAAAUCGAAGACCCAACUAGCCUUAUACUUCACGCUGAUGUAUAAGAGGCUCUUGUGGACCACAUUCUCUACAUUGGCUUCUUUUGUUGGCCAAGGACUUCCGACCGUCCCUCGUAGAUGGAGAUGUAUAAAGAAGCUAUUUCAUAGAAUCAACAAGAACACCGUUGCUAGAGACGCUCCCAUCCUCAAUGAGUAUGCAGCUUUCCAAAAUUGGUUCAUGACGACUGACCUUCUAAGUUUGAAGAAUCAAGGGGGACCCCAAGCACGUCAGCAGAAAUUUCUUGAAAAAUUUUUUGAAAAAAUUGAAGAACAACAAACUUCAGAUCUUCAUGGCAAGGAAAAGGAAGAAGAUAACAAUGGAAAUCCACUUGGUGGCUCAAUCAGAAAGCAAGUAGAAGUUGAAAUUCAGACAGUGGAGAAUGAAACUGAAUUUCCUACAUUUCGGCUUCUAAUGCCCACGCAGAAGGGUGGUAUAAGUGUUAAUGAUAUUCAAAAUGAGGAUCAAACCAAUGAAAGGAUGAAGACGCAAGAUGGCAGUGUGAAUCUAGGAAUGGAGAAGCAAGAUAGCAGUGUGAAGCUAGGAAUGGAGAAGCAAGAUAGCAGUAUGGAUCUGGGAUUUGAGAAAAAAGAUGACAGUGUGGAGCUGGAAAUGAAGAAUCACGGUGAAAACGUGGAGCUGGGAGUUGAGAAGAAAAAUGGCAGUGUGAAUGUGGAACCUGAAGAGCAACAACGUAGUUUGGACAUGGGGAUGAAGAAACAUGAAGGCAGUUUGGAGCCUAACGAAAAACUAUUUGACAUGAUGUCUGACCUUGAGUACACUAAAACACAAUAUGAUACUAUAGAGUUGAAGAUUGGCAGGGACAACAUUAACAAAAUUGUCACGGACGCGCUCCAUGAAAUUGAAGCAAAGGAGCUGUCAGAAUUCUUUUGUAACUAUGCGAUUGAGUCGUCCAAAGAAGAUCUUCUUUCUCUUGUAAAGGGACUUAUUUGGGAUGAGAUUAUCAGCAAAAGACGCUUGCUCGAGGAAGGAUCAAGCAAAGCUGAUGGAGCAAAUCCUCCUUAUCAGAUAUAUGCAACUUCUAUCAUGUUGGCAAAGUAUCUAGGGGCGGAGGAAGGGGGGGCUGUCUGGGCACGUGCCCCCGGCGAUUGUCCGGUGAAGAGGUGUGAGACCGGCGAUUGUAUCCUUUCGGCGAAGAGGUGCCCCACUGGUGAUGCUGCAGUAGCAAUCCCUUUCCUUCUCGUUAUUCUUUGAUUGGAUUUGAAAUUCUUUAAAAAGAAAAACUUAGUGCAACGUCGUCGUUUUGAGGAUGAGUUUUUUAAAAAAAAUCAAUUAAGGAGUUUAUU